AUGGGUGAUAGGAUGAUCAUGAUAACGUCACCAUCUAAGAGGGAUGAUGCCAGAGAUAUUGGAGAUAUUGAUUUGCAGUCCUACAAGGAUAUGGAGAACAUCGCGUUCUACCAGGUUCCAGCAAAUUUGGAAUCAGUCUUGUCCAUGGAAAGUGAGAGAUCACUAGGAGUUCAUGUCUGCAUGGACAACAGUGGUGUCAACUUCCUGCACAGGUUUCUUCGUCACCUUGUGGGGUACAAAGAGAACUACAUUAAUUUGAGAAACAUCCUAUUCCAUGGUAUUGAAUGGCAGAUUCAGGGGUUGCAACUUCUCUGUUCACUUUUAGGCCCUGGCUCAAGCGUGAAGCAGGUGGAAUUCCAGAAGAAUGUUUUCAGCACAAAAUCAGCACAUGCUUUUGUUCUACUCUCGGAAAUGCUUCACCAGAACAACACCAUCAAAGUAGUUGUUUUCUCUGAAUGUAGAAUUGGAUCAACUGGAGCCACGUUGCUUGCUUCAGCUUUGGCAAACAACAGAAGUGUGGAGGAGUUCCAAGUAUGGGAGGACUCCAUAGGCUCCAAGGGGGCAGAAGAACUCUCCAAGAUGAUCGAGGUGAACUUUAUCCUGAAGAAAUUGAUCAUCCUUGACAACAGCUCCAUUACAGUGGCUCCACUUAUCUCUGCUGUGCUUGCACGCAACCGUAGAGUGGAGGUUCACAUAUGGGGACACAGUCGUGGCACAAAAGGUGGCAUGAACAGCUGUAAAAUUGUUGAAUUCCUGUCUGAGACUGGGAGCAUGAGGAUCUACAGCAACAUUAACUCGACAGGGCUGCAACGGGUUGCUUGUGCUCUGGCAUGGAAUACCACAGUGACAACACUGGACAUGUCAAGUGUCCCACUAAAGUCCAAAUGGACCAAAGAGCUUAGAGGAGUCCUUGAACGGAACAGGAGCCUGAAAACUGUGAAGCUUAGCAAGUGUUCCCUUGGGGACAAAGCAGUGGUGUAUAUAGCUGCAGGGCUCUUUAAGAACAGCUAUUUAGAGAACUUGACUUUGGAUGGAAAUAGAUUUGGUGGAGUAGGGGUGGAGCAUUUGCUAUGCCCUCUUAGCACCUUUUCUCCACUUCAGAGACAAGCCAAUACCACAUUGAAGGUUUUGAGUUUUGGAGGAGAGCGAGCGAAUAUAGGCAAGCAUGGUGUAUCUGCUAUCUUGCAGAUGUUGGAGACAAACCAGAGCCUAAUUCAACUGGCAAUAUGCAAUGAUGCAAGUUUGAAGCCAAAUGAUGUUGUCAAAAUCUUUACUAGUUUAGAGAGGAAUGCCACUCUUCGUAGCUUGUCUUUGAGAGGCUGCAAGGGAGUUGAGGGGGAGGCAAUCCUGCAAACCAUUAUGGGCACUUUAGAAGUCAACCCUUGGAUUGAAGAAAUUGACCUUCAUGGAACACCUUUGCAUGUUGCUGGGAAAACAGACCGAAUUUAUGAGAAGCUCUGUCAAAAUGGGAGUCUUGUUCUGCCAAAUGAUUUUCUUGAUUUGCCACUUAGUGCUCCUACUUGCUUCCAUGUUUUUCUAUGUGGUCAGGAAUCAGCAGGUAAAAGCACGCUACAUAACUCCAUAAAUCAGUGCAUGAACCCAUUGAAGUCGUCUCGCAUAGAUGUAACAAGUACUUUGAUGAAUCCAGUUGUGCAAAUGGAGUACACCAGCGAGAAUAAAACUAGUGCUUUCUUUGAUGGCAACACAAAAUUGACAAUGUGUAAUCUUGGUGGACAAGAGGAGAGUUUUCCCUUACAUGAUUUUAUGUUUCUGGUGCAUGGCGGUCCAUGCUUUUUCAUGAUUGUAUCUAGCUUGGUUCUGAAGCCUGCUAAUAGGUAUCCCAAAAGCAUAGAUCAGAUUGAACUGGAACUGAUAUAUUGGCUUAAGUUUUUGGUUUCAAAUGCUAAGAGAGUCUCACAAUUAUUUCUUCCCAGUGUAACUAUAGUUCUCACCCAUUAUGACAAGGUAGCUCAUCUACCAGAAGGGCUACAGCCAAUUGCUGCACUUGUACAAAGGCUCAGAGAAGAAUUCCAUUCAUAUGCAGAAAUUUACCCUACUGUUUUUGCCGUGGAUGCAAGAUCAUUGGUUUCAGUAAGUAGACUCACCCAUCACUUGCGGAUGACAAUUAAGACAAUCCUCCAGCAAGUACCUCAAGUUUAUGAAGUAUGCAAUGAUUUGGUUAGAGUUUUGCAUGACUGGAGGUUGAAGAAUAAUAAAGCUGUAAUCAAAUGGUCUGAGUUCCGUGAGAUAUGUCAGCUCAACAUUCCAGCGCUAAGAUUGAGAUCAAGGCGUGAUAAUGUAGAGAAAGUGGACACAAGAAGACGUACUGUUGCAAAAUCACUGCAUAACUUGGGUGAAAUAAUAUUUUUUGAGGAGCUUGGAGUACUGAUCUUGGAUUGUGACUGGUUCUGUCAAGAUGUCCUUAACCAUCUAGCUACACUGAAAUCAGUCAGGACAAAAAGAAGUGGUUUUGUCCGCAAACAAGAGCUGGAGAAGAUUCUGCAAGAGAAGCUGUGCAACCAAAUUCAAGGGUCAAACUGGAGAGCUGGUGCAUCUUUCCAGGGCAAUGAUGUCAUAAAUUUGCUGUUGAAGCUCGAAUUGUGUUAUGAACAGGAUCCUGGAAACCCAGACACAUUGCUUCUAGUGCCAUCUAUUCUUGAGGAAAGCAAAGAAGGGACUCAAAAGUGGCACUUAACCAUGCCAGACUGCAGAUAUGUUGGAAGGCGUCUUAAAUGCAAAGAUAUACACAUGUUUUUGACAAGUGAUUUCUUUCCAAGGCUUCAGGUUCGUUUGCACAACAAGAUCAUGUGCAUGGGACAGCAACAGGGUUCAGUCUACAUCUUGGAGAAAAAUCUUAUUUAUACAGUGGUCAAUGGUCUCCAUGUUAGAGUGGAGCUGGGAAGGACAUUAGACUCAUCCAUCGAUGUGCUUGCAUGCUCCAGCAAAAGUGUUACUGACAUGGUGAGGAUAUUCCACAAGUUAAUAAUCCCGACCAUACUAAACAUGUCUUCAAGUUUGGUGUUCGAGGAAAGCAUUAUCAGGCCAGACUGUGUAAAAUAUCUCAUACCACAUAGGUUCCUCCAAACGCAGCUGCUGCCUCUGAAGAGAAUAAAGCAAAUUCUUUUGUCAUUGCCUGCAGAAAGCAUGUAUGAUUACGAGCAUACAUGGAGUGCAAUUGAAAGCAAUAAAAGGAUCAUCUUACAAUCAGGAUCAGAUCAUGCCAGAGAAUUGCUAUCAGAUGAUGACUUCCAUGAAGUCCUUCACCGUAGGUACUAUGAUCUACAGCACCUCGCAACUGAACUUGCUGUCACCCCAGACAAUCAGCAGCAACCUGAAAUCAUCCCUGAAACAGAUGUGGUUGAUCCUUCCAUAUUAGGCAUUGCAAAAGGUGUUGAGAUGGUUCUCCAAAGAUUGAAGAGAGUGGAACAAGGAAUAAGGGACCUCAAGGAGGAAAUCGCAAGUCUGAGGUAUUACGAGUAUCACCUUGUGACUGAACUCCACAGGAAAAUGGACUACAUGAUGAAUUACAACAUCCAGUUGGAGGAAAGGAAAGUGCCACAGAUGUUCUAUCUUGUUAGCCUAGACAACCGGUCCAAACAGCUGGUCACAAGAAUACUGCCUGGGAUGCGGUCCUUACGAGUGCACAUGCUGUGUGAGUUCCGUAGAGAGAUGCAUGUAGUAGAAGAUCAGCUCGGCUGUGACCUGAUUCAAGUGGACAACCAGACGGUGAAAUCCUUGCUACCCUACAUGAGCAAGUUCAUGAAGCUGCUGACCUUUGCUCUGAAGAUCGGCGCACAUUUCAUCGUUGGAAUGGGAGAGAUGAUACCUGACCUGAGCAGGGAGGUAGUGCACCUGCUGGACUCCUCGGCCAUGUACGGCGCGGCUGCAUCUGCCACGUCCAUGGGGGCUCUGGGCGCAGCAGCACUGUAUGGAAGGUCAAGGAAUGGUGGCAACCAAGGUGGCACAAGCGACAUGGGAGAGGAUAUGAAAACAACCAGGCAAUGGCUUGUGGAUUUCUUGAAAGGGCAAGGUGUUUUGACGGGGAUGGACAUAGCACAGAGAUUUGGCCUGUGGCGUGUUCGAUACAGAGACGACGGCCACAUUGCAUGGAUCUGCAGGAAGCACAUCGCAGCAAGGGAAGAGGAAAUCUUCGAGCUGCCACUUUGA